GCUUAGGCUAAUGCGAGAGCUAUACGGAGGAGAAGCAUCGUGCCUCGGGAAAUAGGCUGAACGCAGUAUUUCCAUCGCUUUUUCAGUGGGAAUGCAAUGAGAUACCAAAUCUGGGAGGUACAAAAAAGCAGUAAUAGCGCUUCAGGGGGGAUACCAUGCGGAUGAUUUGACAUUGGUCCAUAUCUACGAAUUUUAAAAGACAAUAAACUUUGCUUUUUGAAAUGGCCGUUCGCAGCAACUCCUUGAUGCCUUUCUCUAUCCAAUCCAUUUUGAACAAAAAAGAGGACAGUCGACACUUGCCAGAUUUGGACAUCUGCUUCUCGAAGACUGCGUGUUGGAAAAUAUUUGGGGAAAUGGAUACUGGUUCGGAGGACUUUCCCGCGGCGUGUAGAAGUGACGAGGGUGCUUGCAUGGCCAGCGACCAGAAAAGUUACGACUCGGAUUCAGGUCUCAGUGAUGACAAUGACAGCAAGACGCUGGCCGUUUGCAAGUCAGAGAAAAACAGGGAUCCUGCUUCAGACGUGCUGGAAGAAAGUUUGCAGGACGAAACGGACCAUGAAUCCACUGCUGUCGAUAACGCAAAAGGUCUUAGUGACUGUGAACCUAAUGUUUCGGGUAAGUUACACAUUUAUCUUUUAUUGAGACAUAUCGGGAAAAAGUCUGUAAACACAUCAAUUGAAAGCAUAAUUUAAUGUAAUAUUCUAAAAAUACUUUAUGGGGAACAUCCAAGGCUAAUCCCUUCAAAUCAUUUCGCCUAUGUGGUGUAAACAUUAGGCUAUUUUACUCGCAGGAUGCUCUGCCUUAACAUCCUGCUGCCUCGUGCGUAAUGUCAUGGCAUACACUCAUAUUUAGGCCUCAUUUCAAUGUAUAUAUAUUCCAUUAACGUGUGUAUAUGGCCAUGAUGAUUUAUGAAGGUGUGAGGUUCGUUUUCAGACAGCCUUGGAUACAUUUUCAGAGCUAGGGCCUAUAUGACUAUUCCAUCUUGUGUGGUCUAAGAAAAGCGAUGGUUUUCAUUGUUCAUAGUACAUCAAAUGCACCAUUUCUUCUUUCAGAUUCCAACAACCUAGACGAGGCCAGUUGUGAUAAAAGUUCGGAUCAGCCCAAACAGAGGAAAAAACGCUCAAGGGCUGCGUUCUCCCACGCGCAAGUCUUCGAGCUCGAGCGGAGGUUCAAUCACCAAAGAUACCUAUCCGGACCGGAGAGAGCAGACCUGGCCGCCUCCCUGAAGCUGACAGAGACGCAGGUCAAAAUAUGGUUCCAGAACCGCAGAUAUAAAACAAAACGUCGUCAAAUGGCUGCCGACUUGAUGGCCUCGGCCCCUGCAGCAAAGAAAGUGGCUGUGAAAGUGUUAGUUCGGGACGACCAGAGACAGUACAACCCCGGAGAACUACUGCGGCCUCCGCUCCUUGCUCUCCAGCCGUCGUAUUACUACCCCUACGCCUAUUGCCUCCCGGCAUGGACACUCUCUACUUGUGCUGGGAAUCAAUGA